AUGGGUUCAGAAAGCGAGAGUACUGCAAGCUCCAUUACCACUAGUGAAGAAUCUAGCGAGAAGAAAGUGAUGCCCAGAAAAAGAGGGAGGCCUAGAAAGAAUGAAAGUAGUAGGCAAGUUCAAAAUCAUUUCAAUCCUAUGCUUUACCAAGCACCACUUGGAUACCAAUAUGCACCAACACUGGGCCCGGGGAUUGCACACAACAUGAUCCCAGGCAUCCCACAUGGGUUCUAUAACACCUUUAAUUUCAGCCAGGGCUAUGGAUAUGGCCCGAGUGUUCCUCUCCAAGAAGAGGACAUAAGGGUUCGUGAGACCAAUGGGUAUCGUGAGAGGAAUGAAGAAAGAAAUGUUUAUAUUCCUGAAAGAAGGCAAAAAAGGAAUGCAGCAAUGGUCAAGAGGGCAUCUGUACCUGAGUCUGAAAGUAGCACGAAUGAAUACAAUGAAGAAUCUGAGGAUGGGAUUGAAAAGUUGCUGAAGUACGAUUCGGAGAAUGAAAGGUACUUCGUGAAAUUCAAAUAUAAGAGUUAUCUCCAUUGUGACUGGGUUCCGAAGGAAGAGAUCAUGGCUACAAAGGUUGGGGCAAUGAAGGUGAAGAAGUUUAGAGCAGUGGAGGUUCCUUUCAACCCCGACUUCCUGAAAGUGGACAGGAUACUUCAUGAAGAUUACGAUGGAGAAAAGGUAUUUUUAGUGAAAUGGAAGAGCCAGCCUUAUGAGUUGUCGACGUUUGAAACUGCUGAAAGUGUGACGAAAUGCGAGGGAUUUGAAGAGGAGCUUAAGAAGUACAGGGAUAGAAAGAAGAUAAGAAACAUGAGGGUUGGGAUUGAUUGGAGGCCUUCAAGAGAGAACUUUAUCAAGUACGAGGAAUCACCUGUGUUUAAAGGAGGAAAUAGGCUUAGAGAGUAUCAGCUUGAGGGGCUUAAUUGGCUGCUGAAUCGAUGGUAUUAUAGACAGAGUUGUAUCAUGGCUGACGAGAUGGGGCUAGGAAAGACUGUUCAGAGUGUGACGUUUAUCAACACGCUCUUUACAAAGUAUGAUUACUGUGCACCUGUGCUUGUUGUGACGCCUCUCAGCAUUAUUCCGCAUUGGGAAAGGGAGUUUGAAGCAUGGACCGACCUGAGGGUAUUAAAGUAUCAUGAAAAUAGACCUGGAAGAGCACUAAUAGCCGAGUAUGAGUUUGUAUUAAAGAAAAAUAAUCUUGAGAUCAGAUUAUUUGAUGUGCUAAUCACAACAUAUGAUACUGUUAUGGCUGAGCAGGAGCAUCUAAGCCAGUUUCAUUUUUCUGUGGGGAUAUUUGACGAGGCCCACCGACUAAAGAAUGCAAAGUCCAAAGCAGCAACUGUGCUGAGGACCUUGAAGUUCAAUCACAAAGUGCUACUAAGUGGAACACCUCUCCAGAAUAACAUUUCUGAGCUGUGGUCUCUACUAAACUUCAUAGACCCUGCGAGGUUUUCAAGCCUUCCACACUUUCUUGGGGAAUUCAAGAUGGAGAAUAUCAAUGACGUUGAAAAGCUUCAAGGGCUUUUAAGACCUCUGAUGCUUCGAAGGAUGAAGGAGGAUGUUGAGAAGUCUAUUCCCACCAAAGAGGAGACUAUUAUUGAGGUUGCCUUAACAAUGAUCCAGAAAAGGUUUUAUCGGGCAAUACUUGAAAAGAACAUCGAGUUUUUGACCAAGGGAGGGAAAGAGUCAGCACCAAAUCUACUAAAUGUUAUGAUGGAGCUGAGAAAGUGUUGUAUACAUCCAUACCUCAUCAAAGGGGCGGAAGAGCAGAUACUCAGUGGAUAUCUCAAGAAGAAGAGAGAGAAGAAUCGAGCAGAGGGGACUGAGAAUGAUAUAACUUUGACUUCUGAAGUAUCGAAUGGAGAUGAGAACCAAGAAGGAGGUAUAAUAAGCGACAUUGAUGAAUACUACAAGGUGUUUAUCCAGAGUAGUGGGAAGCUUGUUCUUUUGGAUAAGCUUUUGGGAAAGUUGAAGGAUGGGCACAAAGUGCUUAUUUUUUCCCAAAUGACUAGAUGUUUAGAUCUUCUUGCAGAGUAUCUUACAUAUCGAAAGUAUAAGUAUGAGAGGAUUGAUGGAGGAGCCAGAACCGAGAAUAGGCAAGCAGCAAUUGACAGGUUCAGUGACAAGACAAGUGACGUCUUUGUAUUUCUUUUGAGUACUCGUGCCGGUGGAGUGGGAAUCAAUCUUACUGCUGCUGAUACGGUGAUCAUCUUUGAUUCUGAUUGGAAUCCCCAGAAUGAUCUUCAGGCACAAGCCCGAUGCCAUAGAAUCGGGCAGACAAGCGAAGUAAAAGUGUACAGGUUAGUGACAGAGAACACAUAUGAAAGAGAGAUGUUUGACAAAGCAGGAUUGAAAUUGGGACUUGAUCGGGCUGUGCUUCAAAGAAUGACGUUUGAAGAACACAAAAGUGAGAAGACCCGGAAGAAGGAUGCUAUAGAAACCCUUCUACGGAAAGGAGCUUAUGGGGUUCUGAUGGAGACCGAUGAUGCAUCCAGUAGAAAGUUUUGUGAAGAAGACAUUGAUCAGAUUCUUGAGAGAAGGACGAAGAUUGUGAAGCAUUCUGAUGGAGGAAACGUGUUUUCAAAGGCGUCAUUUCAGGUUGAGGAGGAUAUCGAUGACCCUGACUUCUGGGAGAAUCUUCUUAGUAAGAAAAAAAGCGAAGAAAGUGAAGGAAGAAUUAAGAGGCAGAUGAGGAGGCUUGCCAGAGAGGGAGGAUUGACACAAGAGAAUAUUUCUGAGAUUGAUAAGCUUUUGAAUACAAAGCUUGAAGAUGAGGAUGAAAAUGUGUUUUAUGAAAACCAAUGUCUACUUAUAUUUCUUGGGGUUCUUAGAUUUGGGCCCAGGUCUGUUGGGCUUGAGAUUCCUAAGCUGGAGAAAAAAGACUUAAAGAUGGAUGAUAAGAUACAUGUAUUGCCUCAAUCAAGGCACUUCAAGGAUACAGCCACAUACUUCAGAUAUAUUGUGAAGUAUGUUGUUGAUCAGUUUCAGAGCACAAAGAUAAGAUCUGACUUUUCUGAUGGGAUAGAAGAGUUUCUUGUCGACAACUAUGAUCCUUCACUAUUUUCAAAGUUUGAGGAUGUAUAUAAGAAGUAUGGAGAAAGGUUUCUAUUACGGGUCCAAGUGGUUAUGAUUUUAGACUCUCUCCUGAAGACAGAAGAUCUUUCAGUGGAGAAAGUCCGAGGGUGGACCAGCGAUGAUGACAAGAUGCUUGUCAAGUUGAUACUGAACCACGGGUAUGGUUGCUAUCCUGAAACGAUUAGAAAUAAGAGUGUGGAGGACAUGAACCAGCGGGUUAGAAAGAUUGUUUCCACAUUGAGUAGGAAGAAAGAAGUUCGUGAAGACGACAACCUGUUCCAUAAGGCCAUAAUGAUGUUUGGGCGAAUAACUGAUGAUAACAGGGAGAGCAUAAUUGAAUUUCUGGGGGACAAAGACAUAGAAGGACUUGAAGAGACUAUUAACCGGAUAUUAGGGGAAUCUAAAAGACACAAGCUUAGUAGCUCUGAGACCGAGUGCCUCGAUAGAAUGAAUUGGUUCAGCAGCCUAAAGUCCAUGGUAAAGAUUCCUCAACCCAAAAGAGGAAUUCUUCCGAAGAAUUGGAAUAUCAAAACAUUGUCAGAGCUGCGUAAUGAGCUGCUGGCUAAAGGAAUUGCUUCUGCUGGGGAGCGGUUUGGCGUUAGUGAGGAGUUUAUAGUGAAGAAGUUCGAGGCUCUGUUUUCCUCUAGUAGGUCUACACAAAAUUAA